GUAUAUUAAUAUUUUGGAUCGAGUUCACUAACCGUCCGUUUGAAUUUUUAAUGUAUUUUAUUAAAUUAUAAUUAGAGUUAUAAAUCGAAAAAGACAAAUAAAAGUAUACUAUUAAAUACUCCAGCAGUACUAAUACACAAUUAUUUUACUCAUUUGCUCGUUAAAUUUUUCGAUUAGAUGCUGUUAAAAAGAAUAAUUAUCAAAAUUAUAUCUAGUAUUCUGUAUUUAAGUGCUUUACCAAUUCAAAUAAAAGCUUACCAUCAAAAUUGUUCAAGAAUAAAAGAAAAAAAAAUGAUAUGACCAUAAUUUUGUUCUUACAAUGAACAUAACAUCAAACUACCAAUGUUCUUACAUAAAAUGUGUUCUGGAAAGCCUCUUAUUAUCUGUGAUUUAUGUGUCAAGUUUAUAUGUAUGGAAUUCACAACAUUCUAGAGAUCAUCCUUUGACUAUAAAGAAAAGAUUUCUUAGUGUAUCAUUUAUGUUAAUAUUUUCACCAUUAUAUACAUGGUAUUUUAUUAACGACAAAACUAAAGUACCUAUUUGGUAUUGGUUGGGUUUGAAAUGGGACGGAAUAUUUAUGUCUGCUGCAUCUUCACUUUUUUUAACAUGUAUAUUAUUUCUGGGUUCAAUAUGUUUAAUUUUUUGUAAAAACAUUCAAUUAAAAAACAUCAUUAGUAUUGAAAAUAUAAAAUCAAACGUAACAGAUUUGAUUUGGCUCAGAAAUUAUGUGGUAGCACCAAUAUCUGAAGAAUUUACCUUUAGAGCUUGCAUUAUACCUCUAUUGCUUCAAUGUUUCCAGCCAAUGACCACUAUUUUCAUUUGUCCCAUAUUUUUUGGAGCAGCACAUUUUAAUCAAUGGAUAGAAAGAAUGCAUGCCGGUGUACCAUGUUUAGAUGCUUUUAUUAUGUCAGUGUUUCAGUUUAUGUAUACUACAAUAUUUGGAGCAUAUUCAGCAUUGCUAUUCAUAUCUACUGGGCAUGUUAUAGGACCAAUUAUAGCUCAUAAAUUUUGCAAUCACAUGGGAUUUCCUGACUUCCGAGAAAUGUUUCAAUUUCAAGAGCCAAAACGUAGCUGUUUACUAGUUCUCUCAUUAAUUGGGUUAAUACUAUGGUGCAUAUUAAUUAAAUAUACAACUGACCCACAGAUAUAUUCAAACCAUAUGGAUUGGACUGAAAUGAACCAAUGUAAUACAAUAAACUCAAGCAAUAAUUUUGAGAAAAAAAUGUUGUAAAAUUGUAAAUACAAAAACCUUUAUUUACACACAUGCAAAAAGAGAAUAUUAUAUACAUUAAAACAUUUUAAUAAAAUUGUUUAGCUCAAAAAUGUAAUACAAAUGCUUCUAUUAAAUCGAAGCAAUCAAACAUAAUAAAAAUGUUAAAUUUAAAAUAAAAGACUGGAUUAUAGAAGAA